AUGACUCUUCAACUUCUUGAAGCUACUCUUACUCAAGGUCCAUCCUGCUCCGCUGACGAUAUUGCUGAACUUGAAGUUCAUGUUCGGAAUGAGAUCGAACACUAUGUUCAACUAGAAAUCGAACGAGAACUGUAUGAACUGGUUCAAUCAACAACGAAUGAUUCUUUACUGACACCUGCAGUAUGUUCAACAUACUUAUCCGGCGGGGAAAUGAGUAAUGAAACAUCGAAAAAACGCAUUAAAAAUGACAGCGAUGCUGCGAAAUCAAGUGCAAAGACGAGCAUGGAACUCGAUCAACAAUUGACGAAAUUGAAAAAUAAAUAUUUAACAAAAAUCGCCGGCCCGUUAGCAACACUAGAAGCGUUGAAACUGAUUGUUGAAAAGCAAAACAACGAGAAAGUGCAAUUGGAGAACGAAAUUCAAAAACUUAAACAACUAUACGAAGAAUAUAGUCAAUAUGAUGAGUAUUCAACAAAAAUGUUAGAAAACAUCAAAAUUCUUAAUCAAACACAACUGGCUGUUUCGAAACAUGAAUCUCUCACAGAUACAUCGACAUCCAACGAUAACAAUCUUGAUAUCGACCAAUUUGAACAUCUCUCCACUUUAUUGUUUCAUAAAAUCUUGCAUUUACCUUUAGUCGAUAUGAAACCUAAACAUUUACAUAAGCCAGAAAAGAAAUAG